GCACACACAAGCCUCUGCACCAACAGGAGUGUAAAGAAUCCAGCAGAGAACAGGACUACAGGCUAUGCUGCUUGAGAUGGAAAAAUCUGAAAAAGUGUUUUCCGCUACAAAUGCGUCAAAAAAUCCCCUUCCACUUUUCAGCCCAGAGGUCACAGCGAACCAGAUAUUUCAUGCUGAUCCCCAUCAUGAUAGAUUCAUACCAACCAGUUACAUGGAUGCAGAUUACUUCUGCCAAAAAACACCAUGUAGAGCCGGACAAGUGAACCAAGAGUUUAGGAGUCAGCCAGCUUGUGUUGCUUUAUGUCAGCAGUUGAUGCAGCACAGAGAGCCAGACGAGAGAGGAGCCACUUCUGCCAGGGAGACUCCCCAUCACGGGUCUCGUCCUGGAGAGACCAGGGAGGGAGACACGAGAGGAGAGGGCUGCUGUUGGGACUGUGGACCUAACCGAUGUGGAACGACAGAGUCUGCAAACAGAGAAACAACUAGGUGUGAGGAUGAAUACAAUUCUCAGAUUCGGAGUGAUGAAGAGCAUCUUGAGCCUCCUUUGCCGCUAAGAUCUGAUGAUGAGUGGCAGCACUACAGACCCCCGCUACCUCCUCACCACUACAUGCACAACUUAGACUUUCAUCAUACAAGAGAUGCCAGAUAUUAUUACUCUGCAGGAGAACUGCAGUUCAACCUCAGUCCAGUCAACAGAUAUCCAGCUGUGCUUCAGCCAUGUCACCACUCUGCUCCCUGCCAGCACAGAGGACCCUGGGAUGACUCCCAAAACUGGCCCCGGAGUCAUAAUCACCUUAUGAAUGACAGCAUGGUUCAGAGAUGUGUCUCGGUUAACGUGCCUCAGUUCUCCGUCCCCCCGGCGGAGGGAGUGUCACAGGUCAGCGUGAUGAACCUGAACUCAGUGGGAGCAGAGGCAUCUGUGUCACAUCCACAUGAGAAAAGAAGGACCAUCAGUCUCCCUGAUGACUGCCGAAAUGUUUUUAUAACGUAUUCUUCAGAUAUUUCUUCUGAGAUAAUCCCCUUUGUAGACUUCCUCACAAAGCAAGGUUUUCGACCAGCUAUUGACUUAUUUGACAACCCCAUCAGACGCAUGGAUAUCAACAAGUGGCAGGACAGUUACCUGAAAGAUCCAUCAACCCUGAUUAUCAUCGCCAUCAGUCCAAAGUAUAAGGCGGACAUUGAAGGAUCUGUAGUGGACAAUCAUGUUUUACACACUAAAUAUAUUCACUCCAUGAUGCAGAAUGAAUUCAUCCAGCAAGGCAGCCUGAAUUUUAGAUUCAUACCACUUCUCUUCCUCAAUGCAUCCCAGAAGCACGUCCCAUGUUGGCUUCAGAACACGCGUGUUUACCGCUGGCCGCAUGACACUGAGGAUUUGUUACUGCGGCUGCUCAGAGAGGAGAGAUACGUCCCUCCUCCUGUACCUCUGGAGCUCACCCUCAUCAUCAGGCCUGUGACCCCCAGUGCUGCUACUACACUGUAAAGAUACGACUGUAAAUAUGCAAGUGUUUAAUGUUUCUAGCAGAUUCAGUUAGAGUAUUGUGACUCUUGUGUGUUUCACAAUGUCAGAAAUUAUCC